AUGGACGACCAUCAGCAGUUUUGUCUGCGAUGGAACAAUCACCAGUCUACUCUAGUAUCCGUGUUCGAUAAUUUAUUGGAGAAGGGCAUUCACGUGGAUUGUACUCUGGCUGCGGAGGGGCAAAUGCUGAAAGCACAUAAAGUGGUCCUGUCCGCAUGCAGUCCCUAUUUCGAGAAUGUGUUAUCCCAACAAUAUGACAAACAUCCAAUCAUUAUACUUAAAGAUGUCAAAUAUGCAGAGCUUAGAGCUAUGAUGGAUUACAUGUAUCGGGGAGAAGUUAACAUAUCACAGGACCAAUUGGCCGCAUUGCUUAAAGCAGCGGAGUCUCUACAGAUCAAAGGUCUCUCAGACAAUAAGCCCUCAAGGCCACCGUCGCGCCCGGCUCAAGCAGUUACUGCACACCCGCCACGAGCUCCCUCUCCGCCUCCUCAGGUGCGCGACGGGAGCGCGGAGGGGCGCGGCGGCUCCCUAUCGCCGAGCCGCCGUCGCAAGUUGGCCCGACGCUCGCCCGACGCCGAGCCGGCCGGCGAGGUGGCGGCCGCGGCCGACGACAGGCCGCCGGCCGUGGCGCGCGCCGUGGACCCCGUCGAGGACCUGACGCUCGACGAGGAGCACGACCACGACCACGACCACGACACGAGCACGACCACGGCCACGGCCACGACCCGGACCGCGACCGCGACCGCGCCGACCACCCCGACCCGCCCGCCCACCACAACGACGUCGUGCGCAAUUUCCAAUGGCACAUGGAACGAUCUCAAGACGAGCUCA